AUGACGUUCAGCAAGUCGUUAGCUGAUUCUUCUCAAUUAGCAAUGAACCAAUUUGCAAAGAAAACAUCAUCUAGUGAACCAGUUAAAACCUUGAUGGCCCAAAAUUGGCGCCGUACCGAGUGUGAAAUCGUUAAAGCCGAUUUCGAAUGGAACAUUCUAAUUCCUUUCGAAUUCUUGGAUGAAUUUUUUUCUCCGUCCACGUCUUUUUUCCCAUUUAAAGGAAAUUCCUGUUUUAAAUCGACAUUAAGUUUUUCUAAAGAUGGUCGUGGCUUCAGAAUACUGCUGAAUUCAUACACGCCGAACUUGGAUCUUGCUGUUUUGGACGAGCCCGUUCGUGUCAAGGUGUCGCUUUUUAACAGCAAACGGCAGAUGCUGUUUCCGAAAACUACUCUUUUACCGAAAGGUUCCAAAGCUCACUCUGAAGUUGUUUGGCUAGACAAAAACGCUCUCAGCGAAUGCUUCCAGGAAGAUGGAAGUUUUAGCAUCUACUGUGAAAUUGAAACAUGGACGUUGAACGAAACUGGCUCAGGCGAAUUGUCUUGUCCAAGAACUUCACCAGAUGUCGAAAUCAUCGUGCCUCAACUUGAUUUGCAGAAACAAGUUCCACCUAAAAAGAAAAGUAGAAGACAAAAGCGGAAGGAAAACUUGGAAAAACUCUUUAACAAAAUGGAAUUAAGUGAUGUUUCACUUGUUGUUGGUGACCGUGAAUUCCAUGUCCACAAGACGGUCAUUGCUUCCAGAAGCCCAGCAUUAGCCGCCUUGUUUACUACGCCAGGUGAAUCUUCAACGCGUGUGCAAGUCGAAGACGUCGAUCCUGACGUGUUCCAGGAAGUCUUACGUUUCAUCUACACUGGUAAAGUACCUUUGGACAAGAUGGAGAAGAUGGAAGCUGAGAUUUACGUUGCUGCGCACAAAUUUCAGCUGGAUGCGUUAAAACAUGCCUGUGUGAAUUAUUAUUGGCUAAGUAAGGUCACCUGGUAA